UAUUAUAAGCUAACCCACUGGGCACAUACAUAGAACAUCAUCAGACGGCUUCUGAACGUAGCCAAGUAAACGAAUGAACUGUCAAAAUCAGCUGGAGCUAAACAAGAUUUUGCGAAGUUACGUAAAAUUUAUUUCUUCGGUGGAUCCUGAAAGGUUUUAGACAAAAUGAGCAUACUAACCACGAAAUACUACGAUAACCCAGAGGGGAGCGAUUUGUUUGGAAAAAUGGUGGCCACCAACAAAUAUGCUCUAGCUACCGGACUCGGUUGGUCCUCGAUUGAAAUUAUUAUGGUUUCCAAACCGAAAGGUGUAUUACCAUCUCUCGCGCGUUACGUUUACUUCACCGGCCCUUUCAUGGGAAUGGCUUCAGCCUUCACCGUCGGCGCUUAUACUGCGAAUCGGCUUCGUGGCAAGGACGAUAUAAUGAAUUACGUUGUGGGUGGCUUCGCCUCCGGUGGUGUGUAUGGAGCCUGGAGACGCAGUGUCGUGGCUGGGCUUGUGUCCGGACUAAUCUUUAGCAUUGCGGGUGCUGUCAAAAAGAUGUCCAUCGACGAGGGAUGGGAGUUUUUCCCGGAAGUAACGAAACACGCCUAUGGCUCACUUAAUCCAAAGCGAUAUGAUUUCACACUAACUCAGGAACGAGAACGAGGAUGGACCACCGGCAAGUAGAAGGUGAUCCCGGAUUCGGUUGGUGAAUGUGAUGUUGGAAUCAGAAGAAUUUAGAAAUAUAUGCAGUACAAAAUAUGAA